ACUACUAUAUGUCAAACUGACAUGUAUGUCACUUCAGCCAAAUGAACGAUUUGGCUGGAAAUUAAAGCUUUUAUUUUCCAUUUUCUAACAUUUUUCGGCUUAAAAUGGCUACAACAGCUUUAGCAGGCCAUUUCGCUACGAAAAUACUACCAAAACAUGGGUCUAUGGGAGUUGUUUACAUCAAGUCUGCUCCAUACAGCUCUGACGGCAGACCCAACUUAGCGGCGUACAAACGCGGUACCGGCGGCCGUAGCAGCUUCAAUGGUAUCGUAGCUACCGUUUUCGGCUGCACUGGAUUUGUUGGUCGCUAUGUCUGCAAUAAACUGGGCAAGAUUGGCACUCAGAUGAUUCUGCCAUACAGAUGUGAUUUCUAUGAUGCCCAGCGGCUGAAAGUUUGCGGAGACUUGGGACAAGUUCUCUUUACUCCUUUUGAUCUUCGAGAUGAGGAGUCUAUUGCGAAAGCUGUUCGCUACUCCAAUGUUGUCAUCAAUUUAAUUGGGAGAGACUAUGAAACAAAAAACUUUAAAUACAUGGAUGUGCAUGUAGAGGGUCCUCGAAGAAUAGCCAGGAUUUGCAGAGAGAUGGGUGUAGAAAGAUUUAUUCACGUGUCCUACUUGAAUGGAACUGCGCAUCCCAAACCACUAGUGUUAAAAAAACCAUCCAUGUACAAGAUCAGCAAGUACCUGGGAGAGUGUGCAGUAAAAGAAGAAUUCCCGACUGCUACGAUCCUACGCGCAUCUGACAUAUAUGGCUCCGAAGAUAGAUUCCUCAGAGUUUUCGGCCAGGUCUGGCGCAUGAAUAUGCAAUAUUUGCCGUUGUACAAGAAUGGCAUGGAGACAGUGAAACAGCCAGUGUUUGUGUCUGAUGUGGCCCAGGGCAUCGUCAACGCGAUUAGAGACCCCGACACUAGAUGUCAAAUCUACCAGGCUGUAGGACCAAAGAGGUAUCUCCUCGCGGACUUAGUGGAUUGGUUCUUCAAGCUAAUGCGGAAGGACGAUAAAUGGGGCUACAAACGGUUUGACAUGAAGUACGAUCCGAUUUUCUUCCCUCUCAAGGUAGCAUUGAUCAACGCGAUAUCACCAGCUUAUCCCUUCGGCGGCGUACACUGGGAAGGGAUUGAAAAGGAAUCAACAUCAGACGUCACAUCUACCAAACUACCUACCCUGGAAGAUUUGGGCGUGAAUCUGACGCACAUUGAGGACCAGGCGCCAUGGGAGCUCAAGCCUUUCCGGGCCUACCAGUACUACAUGGAUCACGUUGGAGAGUUCCCCAAACCUCCUCCUCCGCGAGUAUACUGUGGUCAUUGACUUUGACAAGUUUAUAUCAUGUAAUCUGUAUAACAUCUAAAUUGCAUCUUUAUGGUGUAGCAAUGUAGAGAGUUUCAAUAAAUUAUCUUAUUUGUUAAUUA